AUGGAAGCCCAAGCUGUUGCCCACCGAGAGUGGGAUGAGGAGGAUGCCAAGGCGAAGAUAGGGGACCUCUCCAACAUCAGGCUCCGAGAUCCGGCCAUGCUGCCCAAGAAGCCGUCAGGUUUCUGGGAGGUGCUGCAGGACACCGUCUACUUCGGCCGGUGGCAGCGGCGCGUACGAAAAAUCAAGAGCCAUAGAGAGGAGGAAAGGCUGUGGCGCCUCAAACUGUAUCAGCAGGAGGAGGCAGAGAAAUUAGCAAGGAGGAGGCGCGAGGACAAGAAGAGGAGGGAGGAAGAGGAGGAGGCAGCGGCCCAAGAGGCCAAGCUGCAGCAGAGGAGGACACCCCGGGGCCAGGACAAGAAGCUAAAGCCGAAGCUAAACCCCCAGAGGCAGACGAGGGCAGAGAGGAAAGCCACGCAGAGGGAGGCCAGGCAGCAGAGGCUGGAGAGGCAGCGGGAGAAGAGGAGCUUGUGGCUGGAGCAGACAGAGCUGCAGGAGCAGCAGCAGGGAGAGAUGCCAGAGCAGGAGCAGAGAGAAUGGUACCUGCAUGAGCAGAGAGAAUGGUACCUGCAGGAGCAGAGAGAAUGGUACCUGCAAGCACAGAGAGAUCUACAGGAGCAGGAGCAGAGAGAACGGUACCUGCAGAACCAGAGAGAUCAACAGGAGCAGAGAGAACGGUACCUGCAGGAGCAGAGAGAAUGGUACCUGCAGAUGCAGAGAGAACGGUACCUGCGAAUGCAGAGAGAAUGGUACCUGCAGAUGCAGAGAGAGCUGCAGGAGCAGGAGCAGAGAGAAUGUUACCUGCAGGAUCUAAGAUCCUUAAACCAGCAGAAGCGAAGACAGCUGCACCUGCUGAGGCAGCGUGAGCAGAGCCUGCGAAGGCAGCGGGAACAGAGGAACCAGUACCCGCAAGAGAGACCAGCACCUGGCAGAGAGUUGGAAAGAGGAGAUACGGAGAUCAUGGAGAGAGAGGCCCAUACGGAGGGAAGUACCGUGACAGAGAGAGAGUUGCGAGGGCUAAGUAAGAGACUGGAGGAAAUGAGGAGAAGGAUCAAGAUUGAAGAACAUGAACUGGAAAAAUUGGUUAUGGCGGACCAGGAGCAACAGCGGAUGAUUGUACAGAUGAGAGAGAGCAUUGAGGAGAAAUUGAGAAGAGAGAAACUUUAUGAGGAAAAGAUUGCAUUUGAGCAGGGAAAACGAAGAGAAAUGGCGACGCAAGCGCAGCAGCGGGAACUACAGAGCCGGAGGGAGCGGCGUGAUUCGAGACGUCGGAAUCAAGAAAUGGAAACGCCGUCCACACUUGAAAGGCAGGACGACCAAAGAACAGAAAUGGAUUACAUCAAUGAGUUAGAGAGAGUCAGAGCAAGAAUAAAAGAGCUGCACAGAAAGACACGGGCCCCAUUUCAACCGAAGGCAGAACAACAGACACACAAUGAAAUGGAUUUCGGAAUGGAACCGUGGCACUUGAGAAAUACAGAGGCAGAACCCCCGAAAGAACAGGAUUAUGAUGCACAGAAGAUGGAGGAAACAAAACGACAGCAUGAGGAGAUGAAAGAACAGGAGCUGAUGAUGAUACAUCAAUACUUGCGAGAUCAGGAACAGCGCGAAAAAGAAUAUCAAGAGAAGCUAAGGCAGCUUGACAGAGAGUUGAGGAGACGGCGCAUGCUGGCUCAGAGGGAGAGAGAAGAGAUGGUGACAAGUGGAGUGGCAGAACUGGAGAGGAUAAUGGGGACAGAACAGGAUUGGAAGACACAGGAACAGUCCCUGAACAUACAAGAACGGAAGCCAAAUAGCGAGCUGGAGAUGGACUCACAGACGGAGAUGGAAGAGUCAGAGAGUGAGGAAGAGCAAGAGGACUACAGGAAGUCAGGCUCGUGUGGCUCGGACACACAGACGGAGACGGAAGAGUCAGAGUAUGGGGAAGAGCAGGAGGACUACAGGGAGUCAGGCUCGUGUGGCUCCAACGUGCUGAUGCCAGAGGCCAGACCUGCACGAAAAGGGAAGAAGCUGAUGGGCUGGCUGACAAAGCGAGUCCGCAAAUUGGGACAGAGGCUUAUGCGUCUGUAGGGACACGAGAGCUAUACAGCCCUCUGAGGUGACACAGAUCUGCAAGAAAAGAGAAGAAGCUGAUGGGCUGGCUGACAAAGCGUGUCCGCAAAUUGGGACAGAGGCUUAUGCAUCUGUAGGGACACGAGAGCUGUACAGCCCUCUGAGGUGACACAGAUCUGCAGGAAAAGGGACGAAGCUGAUGGGCUGGCUGACAAAGCGAGUCCGCAAAUUGGGACAGAGGCUUAUGCAUAUGUAGGGAGGACACGAGAGCUAUAGGCCUACAACCAUUUGAGGUGACACAGAUCUGCAAGAAAAGGGAGGAAGCUGAUGGGCUGGCUGACAAAGCGAGUCCGCAAAUUGGGACAGAGGCUUAUGCAUCUGUAGGGACACGAGAGCUAUACAACCCUCUGAGGUGACAGAGAGGAGGAGCCAGAGGCCAGAAGUGAAGGAAAGGUGAAGAGCAAGAGCAGAGGGGAGGAAAGUUUCUGAAGCAAGACGGAAGCCUGUGAAACUGUGGAGAUGCAUUUCAGGAGAAUAGCUAUUCAUCCCUUUGAGCCACAACAACCACAACAGCGUGGACUGCAGGGAUAUAGACAAAGCAGAGGUCUCACACCGUCCACACUUGAAAGGCAUGGAUGACCAAAGAACAGAAAUGGAUCACAUCAAUGAAUUAGAGAGAGUCAGAGCAAGAAUAGAAGAGUUGCACAGAAAGACACGGGUCCCAUUUCAGCCGAAAGCAGAACAACAGACACACAAUUAAAUGGAUUUAGGAAUGGAGCCGUGGCACUUGAACCCCAGAAAGAACAGGAUUAUGAUGCACAGAAGAUGGAGGAAACAAAACGACAGCAUGAGGAGAUGAAAGAACAGGAGCUGAUGAUGAUACAUCAAUACUUGCGAGAUCAGGAACAGCGCGAAAAAGAAUAUCAAGAGAAGCUAAAGCAGCUUGACAGAGAGUUGGAGAGACGGCGUAUGCUGGCUCAGAGGGAGAGAGAAGAGAUGGUGACAAGUGGAGUGGCAGAACUGGAGAGGAUAAUGGGGACAGAACAGGAUUGGAAGACACAGGAACAGGCCCUGAACAUGCAAGAACGGAAGCCAAAUAGCGAGCUGGAGAUGGACUCACAGACGGAGAUGGAAGAGUCAGAGAGUGAGGAAGAGCAAGAGGACUACAGGAAGUCAGGCUCGUGUGGCUCAGACACACAGACGGAGACGGAAGAGUCAGAGUAUGAGGAAGAGCAGGAGGACUACAGGGAGUCAGGCUCGUGUGGCUCCAACGUGCUGAUGCCAGAGGCCAGACCUGCACGAAAAGGGAAGAAGCUGAUGGGCUGGCUGACAAAGCGAGUCUGCAAAUUUGGACAGAGGCUUAUGCAUCUGUAGGGACACGAGAGCUGUACAGCCCUCUGAGGUGACACAGAUCUGCAGGAAAAGAUAAGAAGCUGAUGGACUGGCUGACAAAGCGUGGGACAGAAAAUUGGGACAGAGGCUUAUGCUCUGUAGGGACACGAAAGCUAUAACUUACAGCCUUCUGAGGUGACACAGAUCUGCAGGAAAAGGGACGAAGCUGAUGGGCUGGCUGACAAAGCGUGUCCGCAAAUUGGGACAGAGGCUUAUGCAUCUGUAGGGACACGAGAGCUAUACAGCCCUCUGAGGUGACACAGAGGAGGAUCCAGAGGCCAGAAGUGAAGGAAAGGUGAAGAGGAAGAGCAGAGGGAGGAAAGUUUCUGAAGCGAGACGGAAGCCCAUGAAACUGUGGAGAUGCAGUUCAGGAGAAUAGCUAUUCAUCCCUUUGAGCCACAACAACCACAACAGCGUGGACUGCAGGGAUAUAGACAAAGCAGAGGUCUCCAUCAACAACAUUUACAUCAAUCGUGUAUAUCCAGGGCUGACUGGGGGCUAAAUAGGGCCUGGCCACUUUUGGCUUAAAGGGGCCCCUCAUUUACAUUUCUGAACAUAGGGGCCCACAAGGGUGCGGGGCCCACUAGGAAAUGCCCGCUAUGCCAGAUGGCCAGUCCAGCCCUGUGUAUAUAACCUUAUGUUUACACAUGACAUCACAUUUACAAUUAA